AUGCUAGGAGAUUUACCAAUACCCCUUUUAGUUGAUUAAUUGCACUCAUACUUACUGCAAGAAGUGCAUUUAAACUGUACAGAAGUAUAGCAUUCUAAAGCCAAACUAUGUAAGAUUUUUGCGAUAAUAGUGUCAAAGCUGCCUAAAGGAGACAUUUAGGAGGACUUGAAGUACAUGGGAGAUAUCGAGAUGGGAAUCAGAGACUGGUAGAACUAAGAACUUUCCAAUUCAUAAAUGAUUCAUGAAAAUGUGGAGUAUGAUAGACAGGACAUUUGCAAGAAUCACUUAAAGCUGUUAGAGACGUUUUGCAUGGAUGAUAAGCAGUUUACCUGCUGGAUGUGUCACCACUUUAACUACUCAGAUGUCCAUCGAGGUCACAAGGUAGUUUCACUAGAAGAGGCUUACAGGAAGCUAAGAAUCGAGUAUAAAGAAAACUUAGGCUUAUUGCUUAGCAUUAAGCAAUUCGUUGACCGCAGACUAAAUUACCUUAACAACUGUAGAGACCUUGAAACUUCUGAGAAGAGAAUUGAUUCAUACAUUGAAAACAUUAUCAAAGAGUUGUAGAAAGUGUAAGAAGAAAAGAAGAAGUCCUGCAAAGAACUCUAUGAACAGCUUGACAAGGACUUAGUGGUUUAGUUGAACUCACUGAAUUUCUAUAAAGAUGAAUUGGUAGAGAUAGAGCAAGUACAGCCAAAGUCUCUUUACGAGACUCUGAAGCUGUUUAAGACCACAAACAUAUUCCUUAAAAACAUUUCAUCUGGAAUUUAGUUUCCUGAGGAGUAGAAGGUGUGGAUUAAGUUGGAACAUCCUAAGAAUGAUGAGAUACUCAGGAUUGCAGAGCAGUGCAGGCAAAGCAUUCAAAGCAAGUUCUAAACUAUCAGACCAAAUCUUAGAUAGAUUAUCAAUCCACUUCAGAAUUCUAAGAUAUUACCAGAAGAUUGUCAGUAUGAUAUGAUCUUACAGUGUUUGCCUAACUUCACUCAAGCCUCAAUGCUAUACAGACUGUCAGAGCAUAAACUCAUGGGUUAAACCUUCAGAAAUCUUGUUUAUGACAAGGGACCCACUCUCAUUCUGAUUAAAGCUAAUAACGGUAAUAUAUUUGGAGGCUACAGUCCAUUAUCUUGGAGUGAUGAAUUAGAUAACAACUGGAAAUAGACUAAUAAGGCCUUCUUAUUUACAGUAACUGAUAAUAAUGGUAGAGAGCCUAUGAAGCUAAACAUAAGGGAGGGUAAAGAUGGCUAGGCAGUGUAUCACUCAAGGACGCAGCUAGCAUUUGGAUCGGGAUUCGAUUUGUGCAUAAAUUUAAUUGAUUUGAAGAAGUGCGAGUCAGCAAUGUAUAGCUACCAAAUGCCAGCCAGACUUGGCUAGGAUGUGGAUAAAUUCCUAGCAGGCAGGAGAGACAAGUGGGAGUUUGAGGAAAUAGAGGUGUUUAGGAUCAUCGACCCCAUUGACAUGCCGAGGUAUCCUGAGAACAGACAGAGUUUGAUAGUCAUGGCUCAGUAAGCAUACGAGUAGACUAGAGAUGAACAGCUGAUGGAGGAGAUCAUUAAAGAAGAAGAGGAGUUGAUGAAGGAGUCGCAGAAGAUGUUUGACAAUAAGUUCAAGAAUGAGGAUGAAAUGAUCAUGCAGCACAAAGAUAGCGUGGUCAGGUACCAAUUCCUUUACAAAGAUUUCUUAAAGUCUGAUUUGUUUGAGAGGAAAUCUAAAUUACUAUGA